UUUAUAAUCAUGUUUCAAAACUGUAAGACCGUGAUAGAAUAGGAAGAUGGAGAGCAGGAAGAGAAAGCAGACAUGGUCAGAAAUUAGCAAGAGAAAGGCUGAAACUGAGAUCAGCUCUCACGCUCUCUUCCCAAUCUUGCUAGCAGCUCUAGCCAAUAACUCUAAACCCCUGAUUAAGAAAUGCUUAAACAAACUUCUUCGUCUUUCCGAACCAAUUCUUCCCAUUCCCAUUAUCUCUUUGCUGCCCGUUCUCCUCAAAUCCAAAGAUGGUACGAUUGUGCUUCUUGCUGCAGAGGUUGCGGGGAAGGCUUCACUUUUAUCUCUGGAAAGUAAUGAGCAAAUUGCUUUGGACGAUGAGAUUGUAAAGGGUUUAAUUUGUUUGUUAGGGGAUUCAAACAGGGAAGUUUGGAUUGCUGCUUGUAAUGCUGUUUUGGAUUUAUCCACAACUUCACUUGCGAGACAACGCUUGUUGAAAUUCUCUGCUCUCCGUCAGCUUCUAUUUGAAUUUCUUCAGGUUCAUAUCUCAUCAACUAUGGUUUCUUUAUACACUGGAGAAAAUGGCGAUAUCACCUCUCUCAGGAUUGGGUUUAAAGAAGAUGCUGUUUCAGUGGUGCAUCUUGAGGCCACUCUAAUUCUUAUUAAUGCAUGCAACAUCGAACAAUUGGAAAAGAUCCCAAGGAGACUAUCUGAAUGCUUUUUAGUCUUUUUGAAAGAGCUCUGGUUAAAAGUUCGCUAUCAAAUGCUAUUCUCUAAUAUUAUUAGAUCCACUGAAGAGAGGCAUUUUUGUGUAAGCAAUAUUACCGUCAAUACUCUGGCAGAAAGUACUUUUAGGCUUGCCCUUAAUGUUAAAAGUCUUACAAAAGUUUCAGGGCAUCAGAUGGUCAAAAGAAGCAUUUUUGAUUCCAGAGAGGCUACUUUUGAAAAGUUCAUGUUAAAUUACUGGGAGGUCUCACCCUUUCUUAUAAGAAGGGAUCCAGAUACUUUGAUAGAGGAGAAUGACCUUUUCAGCUCUUUUGCAAAAUCUAUAAAUAUCAAUGAAUCAUUUCAUUCCUUUCUUUCAUCUACCAUUCAGUGUCUAAUUUCUUGUCUGCCUAUUGCUUCAGAUGAACUAAACAUCCUUAGUUUCUUGAAGGAGGUGAGAAAUAGAUUGGGUUGCCCUCUCAUCUAUGACCAGGACAUGCGAGUUUUAAGAACAGAGAAACACUCAAGAAGUGAGGUGCAUUUUUUCCCAGGAUGUUUAGACAUUUGCAGCAUCAAAGCUCCUUAUUUUAUAUAUGGUGAUGAUUUUUCAAAAUGUGAAGAAGCAUGUAAAGAGGGUUAUACAAUUUCUGUGCGAGGCAUGGAGUUCCGCAUUGAGAGUGUAGCUGCAAUUUCAGACAGUUUUGCUUCAUUGUUUGGUCAACCAUCAGUAGGUGCCAAUAUGUACUUGACACCUCCUAAUUCUCAGGGUUUGGCAUGUCAUUAUGAUGAUCACUGUGUAUUUGUGUGUCAACUUUUUGGAUCUAAACAAUGGAAGGUUUUUUCUCAACCCUGUGUGCAGUUACCUCGUUUGUAUUAUCCCCGAGCUAUCGUAAAUGGUGUUGAGGUUGAGAGUUCAAAGAAUGAAUACAGGCAAUUUUCGCUGGAGAAAGGGGACAUCUUAUACAUUCCAAGAGGAUUUCUUCAUGAGGCAUGUACAGAUAAUGGUAAACCCUCUGAGUCUGCUGGGUAUUCCUUGCAUCUGACGCUUGGUAUUGAGGUUGAACCUCCAUUUGAGUGGGAGGGAUUUGCCCAUGUUGCACUUUAUUGUUGGAGCCAAGCCCAAGAACAUCAUGAAUCUUUAACUGAAAUUCAGAAAUACAUGUCUGUAAAUCUGUUGCAUCUUGUCAUUUUACAGAUGGGAGAUUCUGAUCCCACGUUUCGAAAGGCAUGCUUGGUUGCAGCUGUUUCUUUGCCAUUGGAAACUGAUGACUGGCUUUAUCUGAACCAGAAAACUAUCUUCACCCAAUUGAUUGAUAAAAUUAGCUCAGAAUCAAGGUUCUUGGAAGUACUCAGUAGUGUUGAAAUGGAUAUACGAAAAAAUGUCGAUCCCUUUCAACGGGUUAGGUGGCUUCAGUUUCUCGACUGGAAGAAAGAACCGUUUGGUGGACUUGAUGGGAAUUCUCCUUUCAGGAGAGUUGAAACAAUGCUCCCUUCAUAUGUUCAAAACAAGUGUGAGGCAGAAGCAGCAUUCAUGCAGGUUAAAUCUAAGUUUUGUAGGGAGAUUUCGUUUGAGAAUGUUAUUGGAAUCUAUUUGAUGCUACUUGAGAAGUACAGGAAAACCAGAAAACAAUACAUGAAUGGAAUGCUAGCACUGCAUUGUAAUUGACUGUAAGUAAACACAAACUCCUACCUUUUGACUAAUAUUAAAGAAAAGAAAGCAUAUGAAUUAUCGAUAA